AUGGAUUUGAAUGAGUUCCCCCCAGGAUUUGAUUAUGAUUUUCUAGAUGAAAGCAUUGCAAAUCCUUCCUACUGUACCCAGGCACCCUUAUGUGAUGCGAGUUUGCGGGGCAGUGAGCAUAACAAUGCUAGCAAUGAUCUUUACAACCAGAAUAACAGCGACAAUCAAAAUGCUAACACUUGUUCUCUUAACAACCCAGAAGAUGAUGCUGCUCCUGAUCAACUCGUGUUGGAUGUUACAGAAGAAGUGGAGGAGGAUAUUUGCUAUACACGCUUAUCAGGUGUGACAAGAGAGCUGAACAAGGUGCAGUUUGUUUGCAACAGAGAAGGGCAUGGGAGGAAACCAAAAGAGUAUCAGGCAGCUGCUGAGUCUGAUGAUAGCAAUUUUGAUGAUGAUUGUGAACCUAAUGAUGGCAAUGACAAUGCAGAAAAGAAGAAGAAGCUGGACGGUGGUACAAAGAGAAAGAGGGAGAAGAUGUUACAUACAGACUGCAAAGCUAGGAUGGUUGUCAAGUUAAUUACUGAUAAGUGGCAUGUAAUUUUCUUUGCACCAGAUCACAAUCAUGAUCUUGUUCAGAAACCAUCACUCAAAAAGUUCCUAAGAUCUCACAAGGGGAUACCUAAACCGGAGAAAGAUUUCAUUGCAUUGCUCCAUGGAUGCAACUUAAGUUCUGGUCGGAUAAUGCAACUAAUGAAUGAGUUCUAUGGUUCUGCGCAGCUAGUUCCAUAUGAGGGAAAAGAUGUUAGCAACUUCCGUUCCAAGAUUCGAAGAAUAGAAAAAUACAAAGAUAUGCAAGAAACCUUGGAUUACUUUAAGGAACUGGAGCAGCAGGAUGCUGAAUUCUUCUACAAAAUCAAGCUGGACACUGCCCAUAAGGUUGAGUGCCUUUUUUGGGUUGAUGGUGCUGCAAGGCAUGCCUACAUUGAGUCAUACAGCGAUUUGGUUUCUUUUGAUGCUACCUACAUGACAAACAUGUAUGAUAUGCCCUUUGCUCCAUUUAUUGGGAUAAAUAGGCACGGGCAAUCGUUCAUGUUGGGGUGUGCAUUCAUAAGAGAUGAGAAAAUACCUAGCUAUGUGUGGCUGUUUGAAACAUUCUUAGAAGCAAUGCAAGGGAAAGCCCCUGUGAUCAUUAUAACAGAUCAGGAUGCAGCAAUGAGGUGUGCGAUCGCGCAGAUAUUCCCCAAUACAAAUCAUAGGAAUUGUCGGUGGCAUAUAAUGGACAAAUUUUCUAGUACAAUAGGCCCUAUCCUAGCUGCGGAUGAGGAGCUAGAAGAAGACUUCAAGGAAUGCUUGAACUACACAGUUACUCCAGAUGAAUUUGAAUCUAAAUGGUCAGUAAUGGUGAGCAAGUAUAGUUUACAAAACAAUGAGCAUUUCCAGCGCCAUUAUGCAAUACGUAGCAGUUUUGUACCAGCUUACUACAUGCACUGCGUUUACCCAUUCUUGCAAUCAACUCAAAGGAGCAAAGGGUUCAAUUCAGUGCUGAAGAAGUAUGUAAAUCCAAACAUGUCGGUUCUGUACUUUGUUAGACAGUACCAAAAGAUUCAGGACAAGUGCUUGGUUGCGCAGGAUGGGCAAGACUUCAGGACUGAUGAUAGGGAGAGGAGACGGUGGUCUAAAUACCCUAUUGAGAAACAUGCAUCUGUUGUGUACACUAAGAACCUGUUCUAUAGAUUUUCAAAAGAAUUUGAGAAAACCGCUGAGUAUGAGGGUCAGUUUCAGUAUUUGUUCGAGCCUAACAACAAAUUUGUCUAUGGCUAUGGCAAGAGGACAUAUAUCGUGACAGCUGUGGUGGAGGAAGAAAGCUACUACUGUGAGUGCAGCAAGUUUGAUAGAGAUGGGAUGCUUUGUUGCCAUAUAAUGAAGAUUUUGACAAGAUUAGGUGUGAAGACUAUACCUCAGCGGUACAUAUUGAAAAGGUGGACACAAGAAGCGAUUCCGGAAAAUGAGAACACUGAUCCUAGUGCACAUGUGCCUGCUGAUUUCAUAGCCCGUGGGAUGCCCCUGAACAACAAAAAGACCUUGUGGUUCACCAAUCUGUCUACAGCUUUCGCUAGUUUGGCGAUUGAGGGCUAUGCUUCAAAAGAGACCUACACUAUUAUGGACGGGCAUAUAAAGAUGAUGAGGGCUGAAAUAGAUGAAAUCAAGCAGAGGAAGAAAAACAAUGCCCGGAAGGUGCGGGGCAGCAAACGUGCACCAUCUGUCUGUGUUUAUGGGGAUGAUAAUACAGCUAAUAUGACUAUUAUUGCUUCAGCUGAUGCACAAUCUGUACCUGGUCCUAUAGUGCAGAAUAUUUUAUCAGAACAUGAUACUAAUGUAAAUGAGAAUACUGCUUCAACAGGAGUUGAUGAUGCUGCCCUUGUUGGCAUCACCAAUGAUGUGGAUGGUGCUAGUGCAUUGAUGGCAAGUGUUGGGAACCCUCCAAGAUCGAAAGUCAAGGGCCGCAAGAAAGAGAAAAGGUUCAAAAAAGGGAUGAAUGUAGAAUCAAAAAGAAAAAACAAGUGA